CUACCAAAGACACACUUGAGCUAGAACACAAAAGAAUAAGCACCCUGCCUGGCACGCAGUAGGACAGCUUUCUAAAUGUACAUCAAAUUUUUUCGCAGCUAUUUUGAGGAUAAAAAAGAGAAACCAGAUGAAGCAAAAUUGUCAGUUGAGCUGCAGGGAAAGAAAGGCAAACAGGAUGAAGGAAAAACAGGACGGCACCGUCUGCUGGGUUUCAUCCUCGCAAUAAUCUGCCUCAUUCUUCUCGUAGUGGUCGUCGUUCUCGGUGUGAAACUCCAAACUCAACCCACACCCUGCCAAGGAAAUAGCAGAUUUAAUGACCGACAAAGGCCUUCUCCAACAUGCAGCCUGGAGGACUGCCAGAACCGCUUCCCAAAGAUGACAUUCAAGAAGCUUCCCUGCCGGCAGUGCGCCAGCGGCUGGCUCACCUUUGGCACAUCCUGUUUCUUCCUGUCCACCACCAGACUGACCUGGUCUGAGAGUCAGAAGAACUGCAGCUCCAGUGGAGGAUCUCUGGCUAUUGUUACUAACCAGACUGUUCAGAAUUUCCUGACAAGGAAAGGGAAUCUGAAGUACUGGAUUGGACUGAGACAUGAAGACUCCACAUGGAACUGGGUCAACACCAAUGAACUCCAGCAGAGCUACUGGACUGAAGCUGUACACGGUGGAGACUGUGCCUAUCUGAACAGUGACGGCCCGGCUGAGAAGAACUGGGACAGAGCUUCCUGUCAGUCCACCACCUACUUCAUCUGUCAGCAGCAGUUCUGAUGGAAACUGUCUCAUCAGCAAUCGUCUCCAUAGCAACACAACCAAUAGCUUGUUCUCACGCCACACUCCAAUCAUAUCCAAGCUUCUUAGAUAAAAAUAUAUAUUAAAUUUGUGGACUAAAUCCAAUGUAUGCCAUUGAAUUAUACUUACUGCUGUAGUAUGAUUUGUGCCUUAGCAGUUUAACUUUCAUCAACUAUGAUGUUUUACGAUGAUACAUUUCAUGUCGACUCAAAUAAACACCAGUAGAUUUGUU